GUCAGCACCAUGUCGGGCCGCUCGGUUCGGGCCGAGACCAGGAGCCGGGCCAAGGAUGAUAUCAAGCGGGUCAUGGCGGCCAUCGAGAAAGUGCGCAAGUGGGAGAAGAAGUGGGUGACUGUAGGAGACACGUCCCUGAGGAUCUACAAGUGGGUUCCCGUGACCGAGCCCAAGGUUGACGACAAAAACAAGAACAAGAAAAAGGGCAAAGACGAGAAGUGUGGCUCAGAGGUGACCACCCCGGAGAACAGCUCUUCCCCAGGCAUGAUGGACAUGCACGAUGACAACAGCAGCCAGAGCUCCAUUGCCGACGCCUCCCCUGUCAAGCUGGAGAACAGCCGGAACUCGAGCCCAGCGCCCGAGCCCAGCGCGGCCCCUGGGGAUGGUGAGGCCAAGAUGGACGAGGCACCAGCCGAGGGCAAGGAGCUCCCUGGGGUGGAAGAUGCUGCUGACGAGCAGAAUUCUCAAUCCUCCGUGGAACACUCGAACAGCUCCGAGAAGGCGGAGCGGCAGCCAUCAGGGGACACAGGGCUGGCCACAGAGACGCCAGCGAUCUCUCAGGACCUGGAAGGGGCACCGCCCUUUAAAAAGGUGAAACUGGAACCUUCGCAGCCCAGCGCUGAUGAAAUGUAGGCGCCGGGCCCCUCGCACCCGUGCCCAUGGGCCGCACCCAGAACAGCGCCCUCUCUCCCACCCGGGCCAACAGAAUUACUAACCCUCUGCUUUGACCAAGUGCGAACCCCAGAGGCCCCGGCCCCCCGCCACCGCCUGUCACGGACACUCACCGAAGCGCGAACUCAUGGCUGGCCGGGACCCAGGCAGGGCUAGCGGGCGGCAACUCAGGAGGGUCCACGCCGACCUGGAAGCCAAGAUUCCCCCCACCAUUUGUGUUGCUGCUGUGUUUGUCCCCCACAUCUUUGUCGGACGGUAGAGGCUAUUAGGGGGGGUGCCCGCUGGGACCCCACUUCUUGUCGGGGCUCCUCACUGUCCCCCCCACCCGUCCUUCCGCUUUCUUUUUUUGUGCCUUGUGCCCUUGAGGUGACCUCUGGCAUGUUUUCUCUGGUCCUUUUGCAAAAGUGCCCGCUGGGUCGUGUUUCUAGGGGGAGUGGCCCCCCCCCCACCUCAGUCAGCUGAUCCCCAAGCUUGGGGUUAAGGGGGGGGUCUCUGAUGUCAGGACACAUACCCCCCCCCCCAGAGAGGGGGAGACAUCUCAGACUCCUGCAAAUGGAGCAGAGCCUAUAGAAUGUUCUGGAUCAGUUUCUUCCAUCCCUCUGGACACUGGCUUCAAGGCUGUCUCCUGAGGACUCUUAAAGGGCUGGGGAGACUGACCCCCACCACCACACCACCAAGGACCAGGGCCCAGCUUGGUUUCUGCCUCUGCAGCUGGCCCUGGCCCAACCCGGGGCCCACAGCGGCUUCAGCUCCCACCCCCAGGACACCCCACUGCGGGCCUGCCGGGUUCCCAUGGGCAGACCAGGCCCUGGGCUGAGGCUUUGCACCUCGCAGGAAGACAAGGAGAAGAGGAGCUUCGGCCCCCCUUACAGGCCCUGAAGGGCCUUUGGACAGGCAAGCAGGCGGACAGACAGACAGACAGACGUCGUCCUGCUGGAUCCCGGAGUCUGCUUUGCUCUUAAUUCCUUGGGACUCCAUGGAUCUCAGCCCUUUUUCCUCAAGCUUUCGUGACUGUACUGGAAGCUUUUGUGGCUGCACACUGGAGCCCCAGUUCCCCCCUUAGAGUUGGGGGCCGGGGGGCGCAGCUUUGGUGUGGUUUGCUCAUUGGUGUAUCUUCAGGUACCACCUUGGACUUGCGACUCUCCUGGCCUCCUUCCACGGGAAACCUCUGCCAGAUCUCGGCUUCCUCAGUUUCCAAGGGUGUGGCAUCGAUUAUUACUGUUCUUUUUUUUCUUUUCUUUUUUUCCUUUUCUUUAAUUUUCUUUUUUUGUUUUUGGAAGGGAGCCAGUCUAUUUCCUGCACUUCGAGAAGAAUCAAAAUGUUCCUGAAUUUCAAAUACCUCAUGCAAAAAAAAAAAAAAAAAGUCUCCUGAAAUAAGGAAUAAAAAACUCUUUUUU